AUGUUCGACUGCUCCACCUCCAUCGGCGACCCGUUCGCCGCCGCGGCGGGGGCUCCCCCUGCCAUCUUCUCUGCUGCUCCUUCGGGCGCAGAGAUUGACACAGACUCUCCGAACUCCGUAUUCGAUGAGGCGUCCCACGACGUUGUCUCGUUUGUGCCCGCCGACUCCAGCUCCGACUUCGCCAGCGACGCCGUGCCCCUGAAUUCCUCGGAGGGCGCGCGGUGGCCCGCACAGGCGCGGAAGGCCGGCGGCGGCAAGGGCGGCAGCGGGCCUGAGCUGUCUGGGGAGCUGGACCGCGUGUCCAGGGAGCUCAGCCAGCUGCUGCGGCACCGCGGCGUGGAUGGCAUGGACGCCGACGGCUUCGCGCCCUUGACGGCGGUCAUCGACAACAUGAGGUGUCGCCCGAGCCCGGAGCAGGUGGAGAUGGUCGUCAGUAUCAGCAUGCGCGCUGACGGUGCCGCUCGCUUCCAGUUGCGGCAGGACGCUGGGAGCAGCUCCAGGCGGGUAACCAGCGGGGCGGACCGCAAGUGCGUCCCCACGGAGUUUCAGGGCGAGAUGGUGGAGGAGGACGAGGACCACGGGGUGAGCAAGAUGAAUUUCGACCACAGCUCCUACGGCGACGAGUACAUCUCGCUGCGGGCAGGGUCGCCGCUAGUGCAGCACAGGAGCCGCCCAGAGGAGUCAGGGUGGGCCUACGGCCGCUCCGAUGGCCGCCAGGGGUGGUUCCCUGCCGUGGCGUUCGCGCCUAUGGUCAAGGACCUGACGGAUGCAAACUGCAGGCUGGGGCGCCUGGAGGCGGAAUUGUCGGAGGAGAGAGGCGGCGCCGCGCCGCGCUCGAGCGGGAGGUCGAGGACCUGCGCGAACGGCUCCAGGCCGCAGGCGGCCCCGCGGUCUUCUCCAUGGACCAGUGACCCGUGCCGCCCAGAUUCGGGGGCGGCCAAGCGUGGGGUGGUCCACGCCGCCCAAAUCGCAUGGGGCUGGAUCGGAUGGUGUCGGAGGAUCGCGAUGCACCGCUGGGCGCACCGCCGAUGCGGCGCGCGGCUUCAGGCCGCGGGCGGCCGCGGGUGGGCUUUCCGUGCGCCCCGGUGGAACGUGCGCCCCCGCGCGCGCGCGAUUCCGCGAGGGCGCCACUGA